GUCGCGCUCGGCGUGUCGGAGCGCUGGCGCUACCCGGACGCCGCGGGGUCCCCGCUAGCGCAGGGCACGGAGCGGGGAACUGCGCGCCUCGCUUUCCCCGCCCGAUGUCGCCGCCCGGCUGCUGAUCGACUCGCCCAGCUGAUCCCGCGCUGCUGUGGGGUCGUGGAGGUCCCGGUAGAGGCAGGAAGGCUCCUUCGCAAAGAGGGAAUGGAGGUAAAUUGUUUAACACUAAAAGACCUGAUCAACCCCAGACUAGAUUUUGCAAUUGAAGAUGGGGAAAAUGCACAAAAGGAAAAUAUAUUUGUCGAUCGCUCAAGGAUGGCCCCAAAGACGCCAAUAAAAAAUGAACCAAUUGACUUAUCGAAACAAAAAAUCUUCACUCCAGAAAGAAAUCCCAUCACUCCAGUUAAGCUUGUCGACAGACAGCAGGCAGAACCAUGGACACCCACCGCUAACCUGAAGAUUCUCAUUAGUGCUGCCAGCCCAGACAUAAGAGACCGAGAGAAGAAAAAAGGACUGUUCAGGCCCAUUGAGAACAAGGAUGAUGCGUUUACAGACUGUCUGCAGCUUGAUGUUGUUGGGGACAGUGCUGUGGACGAAUUUGAAAAGCAAAGGCCAAGCAGAAAACAGAAAAGUUUAGGACUCCUGUGCCAGAAGUUUCUAGCUCGCUAUCCAAGUUAUCCACUGUCAACUGAGAAAACUACCAUCUCCCUAGAUGAAGUUGCUGUCAGUCUCGGCGUUGAAAGGAGACGCAUCUACGACAUUGUGAAUGUGCUGGAGUCGCUGCAUCUGGUCAGCCGGGUGGCCAAGAAUCAGUACGGCUGGCACGGACGGCACAGCCUGCCGAAAACCCUGAGGAACCUCCAGAGGCUAGGAGAGGAGCAGAAAUACGAAGAGCAGAUGGCAUACCUCCAACAGAAAGAGCUCGACCUGAUGGAUUAUAAGUUUGGGGAACGCAAAAGAGAUGGCUGUCCAGAUUCCCAGGAUCCACAGUUACUGGAUUUCUCUGAACCGGACUAUCCCUCCUCAUCUGCAAACAGUAGAAAAGAUAAGUCUCUGAGAAUUAUGAGCCAGAAAUUUGUCAUGCUGUUCCUGGUCUCCAAAACCAAGAUUGUUACUCUUGAUGUGGCUGCCAAAAUACUGAUAGAAGAAAGCCAAGAUACGCCGGAUCAUAGUAAAUUUAAAACAAAGGUACGACGCCUCUAUGACAUAGCCAAUGUUCUGACCAGCUUGGCACUGAUAAAGAAAGUGCAUGUAACAGAAGAGCGAGGCCGGAAACCCGCCUUCAAGUGGAUUGGGCCUGUGGAUUUCAGUUCCACUGAUGAAGAACUAGUGGAUGUUUCUGCAUCUGUCCUACCAGAAUUGAAAAGAGAAACAUAUGGCCGCAUUCAAUUCUGUGCAAAACAGAAGCUUGCUCGACAUGGCUCUUUCAACUCAGAUCAGGCUUCUGAGAGGAUCCAGAGGAAAGUGAACUCAGAACCCAGCAGCCCUUACAGAGAAAAACAAGGAUCAGGUGGCUACUCCUUAGAAAUUGGAAGUCUGGCAGCUGUCUACAGACAGAAAAUAGAAGACAAUUCACAGGCAGAAACUUUUGCCAAUCAGAGAGCGAUACCUCCAUCAAGCAGCCUGGAGGCCGCUGCUCCUUUCCCUGGCCUCUCUGUUGACUCAGAAUACUGUGUUAAUGCCUUGGCCCACCCAGUACUUUCCGUGACUCCAACGGACUUGCAGGCCUUCUCUGCCCAGAAUGGUCUGAACGGACAAGGAGGUGUCUCCCUCACCUCUGCCACCUUGGACAUGGAGAGCCUGAAGCCAACUCUGCUGGCCGGCCAGCCCCUGGUGUACGUGCCCUCCACCUCGCUGUUCAUGUUGUGUGGGAGCCUGCAAGAGCCUCCGUCCCCGGGGUCGGGGUCAGAGAGGGACAGCAGGGGCUCGGAAGGCACAGCAGAGUGGUCAGCCGCACCCUCAGUUCAGAAGCGCCCAGGGGAGGAGAGGAAGCCCCAGGAGGAGGAGGAGCCGGCCACGAAGAGACAAAGCAGGGACUACGAAGACGGCCCCCUCUCCCUCGUCAUGCCCAAGAAACCCAUAGAUUCCACAGACAUUGCCUCUUCCAAGACCGUGGAUAAAAGGGGACCUGCACCCCAUGAAGACAUUCACAUGAAUGGACAACUUUCUGCUGCAAAGGAGGUUUCAGGAAAGGCUACAGCAGACCGCUUCAUUUCUUCUGAGUGGGGAAAUCCUUCUAGAAAUACAGAGAUAGAAAUGCCUUCAAAAGAAAAUGAAAGCACCAAAGAGCCCUCUUUGCUGCAGUAUCUUUAUGUGCAGUCGCCAGCAGGAUUAAAUGGUUUCAGUGUGCUCUUAUCUGGCAAUCAGCACCCCCGUGCUGUGGGACCGUCUUCAGGUCAGCUGCCGCCGCUCAGUGUUCCAUGCAUGGUCUUGCCAUCGCCGACGCUGGGCCCUUUUCCUGUUCUCUAUUCACCCACGAUGCCCGGGCCGGUGUCCUCUGCACCCAGUGCUCUCCCAAGCACGGGACCUGUGAAUCUUGGCUUGCCUGGCCUUGGAUCAACAGCUCAUCUUCUCAUCGGCCCUGCUGCCCUGGUUAAUCCAAAAUCAUCGACACUCCCCUCCGCAGAUGCUCAGCUUCAGGGUCCACACUCACUUAACCUGAGUCCGGUGAUGUCACGAUCACACAGCCUCAUCCAGCCCGAGUCCCCCGUUUACGGAGGACAUCCAGCCUCUGUGGUAAAAUUACAACAGUCACCAGUUCCAGUGACCCCCAAGAGCAUCCGACGCACACAUCGAGAGACGUUUUUCAAGACGCCUGGCAGCCUCGGGGACCCUGUCCUUAAGAGAAGAGAAAGGAAUCAGUCACGAAACACCAGCUCAGCACAGAGGAGGCUCGAAAUCCCCAGCAGCGGGGCCGACUAACCUGACGCUUUGCCCAGCGGGGUGGGAUGGAGGUGCCUGAAUUUCCCUGUGUUACAGGUCAUGUCCUAAUGGUGAACGGAAACUAGAAUGCAAACCAUCCGGUCUUCAGCAUGCAUCCUUCCUCUCUCCUGCAUCCCCUGGUUCUAAUGUUAACUAUCCAUCUUCAGGAAGCAUCUAUUUUCCUGAAAGUAAUUGUUCCUAAUUGUGCAUUUCUUACCAGUUAGAGUCCAGACUCUGUGCGUGGUGUCACAGUGGAAGCACCAACUGACUGUUGUGGUUUUCAUUCAAGAAUCAUCUUGUUGCUGGAAGGAGAUCUGAACAGCCUCCUGGAGCCUUGUGGUUUUUCUAAAGGGGGGGGGGGCCCGCCUAGCACUUAAUCGGGUUGAGCGUUCUUGACGUGUAUUCCCACUCACCCCGAGUAGAUCUGUGGUGAGAGAAACUUCCUUUCUGCAGUUUGAAAAAGCUACUGCUUCCUUCGGCUUCAUCAGGAAGCCAACUUCAGUUUGAAUCCUAUGGUAUUAUUUAUUUUUCCUGAAGUGGGAUUUAGUGCAAAAAGUUUACAACGACAGCAAAACACAUGUUUUUCAGGGUAUGACGACUUGAAUGUUUGUACUUUUUUCCUAUAAUUUGCCCUGCACUUACUUUACAACCUAGUAAAAAUGUGGAUAAGUGUAUAUAGCUGACGGAAUGUCAAGACCAAAAUAACUGUGAAGACACACCUUGCUAUAAUGAACUGUGCUAACCUGAGCUGGGCCUGAGAAUUAAGAUGAACUCUAGCAGCCAGAUAGCUGCUUCUCAAUAACUGUGUGAACGGUGAGGUUUUACUGUUCGUUUGUUUAAAAAAAAAAAAAAAAAAAAUCCUACUAUGUUCAGUUUCCUUCACUACAUGCCUUUGUGGUUUUUUUAAUUUAAAUGUUAACUGUAGAACGUCAGGUAUGGGAUGUCUUCUAGCAAUUGCUGUUUAUUGAAUAAAUCAGGAUGGUAGAAAGGAAUUAUAUGGAAAAUUGGAACCUAGUUGGGACCUUUUAGUAGAAUUCUGAAGAGUGACAGUGUAGAAAUUGAUGUAGGACAAUAGGUGAUAACUUUAUUUUUUUUCUUUUACUUUUUUUUCUUCAUGUUGGGAAGAGUAAGAGGGAAAACGGACACAUUGAUGUUCAAAAUCCAAGAAUAUUCAAAUCAGAGUUAUUUUUCAUAGAACUGCACAAUAAGAACAGACAGUGCAGGGGAUCGUUGUUCUAGCAUAAAUAUAAUUCUGGAAACUUACCAGUAUCCCUUUAUUAAACCAUAUUACUUUAGGGUUUCAUUAAGUAGCCAAACUAGAUCUCUGUAUGCCUAGAUGUAUUAUUUACCUCAUUGUCUCUUCAGAGUAAAUGGCUUCUUCCCUCCCUCCCUCCCUCCCUUCAUUUUCCCCUCCUUUCCUUCAUUCCUUCCUUUCUUUAUUCCUUUCUCCUUUUUUAUACUUCUUAGAUGUGGAAUCUUGGAGUAGGAUUUUAUUUUUAUUUUUUGGACCCAAGAAAAUGUUAUAUGAAAGAAUAAAAAUAUUAAUUUAAGAGACUCUGGGAGUCUGAAUAAAGUAGCUUUAUAUUAACUACAGGAUAAUAUUAGCCUUAUCACCCCCACAAGAUUUUUGAAAACUUGAGGUAGAUAGCCAGAUUAAAUAAAUUUGCUAUUAUAUAAAAUUUUUAUCAACACUAAACUUUUAAAGUUUACAAGAUGGUAUUUUUUCCCCCUUGUUCACAGUCUUCUCUAGAGUUAAACUGAUAAAAAAUGUGAUUCUCAUCAUCAGCUAAUCUAAUUGCAUGGUAAUGAUUACCCUGAACUAAUAUGAUGGGUUCCCUAUCGAAACAAAAAUAUGCCUUUUUCAAGUAGAUUAUAGACACAUGGCCUAUAAAUCUGCACAGGAUACAUGCAUUUUAAAUAUAUCAUGCUUCAGGCCUUCCACAAAAUAUUUUCACUUGAGAGGUCUAUAUUUAGAUGAAAACACAGACUGAUUU